AUGACUGAAAAUCUACAACCAUUUCACAGUCGACCAUCACAGGAUAGCGAGGUGUUUUCGUUAAGAGACGAAGACCCUCUAUCGUUGCCUUCCGAGACGCUACUCAAUGACCACACAACAAAAGAAAGAGCUAUACAACAAAAAAAGAGUAUCGUCAAGACAUCUGCUAUCAAUCUGUUUUGGAUAUUGAUGUGGUAA